GGCAACUUCACUCUCGCAUGUACAGUAUUUAGAAGAAUUAUCAAAACUAUCUCGAUCACUCUCAUAAUGUUAAUACUUCUUUUAUCAAUGAUUGCUAAAUUUAUGAUUACAGUUGUCGCUCAAGACUGUAAUCCAGUAGAUUUUGGAAGAGGUAGUAUAGUAUGCGAAUGUAAUUCUACUUAUUGUGAUUAUUAUGUUGAUCCACAACCACUAAGUCCAGGAGAAUUUAUAUGGUAUGUUACAAGUAAAAGUGGAAAGAGAUUGAGUCAAUCAAAUGGAAAGAUUUCCAAAGAAUUUAUAGAAGGAUCUUCUACAGUGCAUAUUGAUUCAGAUAAUGAAUACCAAACUAUAGAAGGUUUUGGUGGAGCUUUCACUGAUGCUGCAACUAUGAAUAUAAAAAAGUUAAGCCAGGGAUCUCAAGAUAAUUUAUUAAGAUCAUAUUUUGGUACAAAUGGAAGUAAAUAUAAUUUUGGACGUGUACCCAUAGGAGGAAGUGACUUUUCUGUAAGAGCAUAUACAUACGAUAAUAUUUCUAAUGAUAUAGACUUACAGCAUUUCACACUUGCUCCGGAGGAUCUUUUAUAUAAAAUCCCAGUUAUGAGCAAAGCUUUGGAAUUAAAUCCAUCUUUACGCUUUGUUUCCGCUGCAUGGACGGCACCUCCAUGGAUGAAGAAUCGACAUCAAUAUUAUGGAUAUAGUUAUUUACUGGAAAAAUAUUAUCAGACAUUUGCAAAUUAUAUUAUUAGAUUUUUAGAGCUUUAUAAACAAAAAGGCCUUGAUAUUUGGGCAGUUUCAACUGGAAACGAACCUUUUACUUCAUUAGUACCGACUGCUAAAGUUAGUUCAAUGUUUUGGUCCGCACGCACUGUAUCAAAAUGGGUUGUUAAAAAUUUGGGCCCUACAUUACAAAAGUCUAGGAGUAAUAGCACGUAUAUUUUGAUGUUAGAUGAUCAAAGAAUUCAUCUACCCUGGUAUUUGCUUGAUGUAAAAUUUUUUCAUAAAGAAGCUUUAAACUAUAUAAAAGGAAUCGCUGUUCACUGGUACACCGAUAGCUUUAGUUUACCUAGUAUACUUGAUGUAACUCAUCGUAUUGCUCCAGAUAAAUUUAUUUUAAUGACUGAAGCUUGUGUAGGUGAUCGGCCAUGGGAACGUCCAAAGGUCAGUUUGGGAUCAUGGUCACGAGCUGAGCGAUUAAUACAAAAAAUAUUUGAAAAUAUUAAUCAUUGGGUUGUUGGUUGGAUCGAUUGGAAUAUAGCUUUGGAUGUUAAUGGAGGACCAAAUUGGGUAGAAAACUAUGUUGAUGCAUCAAUAAUUGUUGUACCAGAAAAAGAUAUAUUUUAUAAGCAACCUUUGUAUUAUGUUAUGACACAUUUUAGCAAAUUCGUACCACGUUCUUCUAUUAAAAUAGAAGCUAAGACAACAGACAGUAAUAUUUUAGUAACUGCUUUUAAAUCGCCAGAUAAUCAAACAGUAGUUCUCUUAUACAACAAAAGUAAUAAACAGAGAAGCGUUUCAGUAGUUGAUAAGAAUGUCGGCAGUAUAAAUGUAGUAUUACUAGAAUAUUCAUUACAUACAAUAUUAUACAAAACUGUAUAAACAUUAAA